AAAAUGACCGGAAACGCAACAUUGAGGAAGGGAAGCGAAGAACCGCAGAACAAAGUUUUCUCUGUAUGAUUGUCUGGCACUUUUAAGUUUCCAACCAUGUCGGGAUCAUCAAACACCAUGGCAAUGAAGAAAGUGGUUCAACAGUUGCGCUUCGAGGCCAGCAUCAACAGAGUAAAGGUGUCUCAGGCUGCCGCAGACCUGCAGCAGUUCUGUCUCCAGAACGCCCAGCAGGACCCUCUCCUCACGGGAAUGUCCUCCAGCACGAACCCCUUCAGACCACAGAAAGUCUGCUCCUUUUUAUAGCCCACAUGAUGCCUUUCGUUUCGGACUCCAGGGUGCCUUGAUGUUCAUCAGAACCUGCACUGUGAACUUGAUUGUUACGAGUGCCAGGGAAUUUGGGGACAGCCAACUAACUUAAUUUUUUUUUAAUAACAUCUAAAUAUCUCAAGGUGCUUCUGAGACCGGUCUUCACCCAGUUAGUAGCAACUAAUACCAUAAAGUGUGUUUUCAUGUGUGCUUUCUUUCCAUAUAUUUGUGAAUAAAAUACAACAUUCCAACAA